CAGAAAACUUUAGCUAGUGUUAAAGGCAGGCUUGGCGACAUUGGUGGCCCAUCCACAUUGUCCUCUGCUUUCGCACGAGCUCCUCCUUUUGGUAAAUUAGAAGUUCCUCUAAAAGAUAUUCUGAUUCAAGAAUCAGAGUCAGAGUGCGCCACUAAGACCAGCAUUAAAAGCACGCUCCCUCUCAUUGGCCGCCACAAACCCGCGAAACUUCCACCUCCUCGUGAUCCCCCCUUACAUUGCUCCACUUCCCUUCCCGCCGCUCCCUCCUCAAGGUUUUAGCCUUUUAGGGUUUAAUCCAGACACUUCUCCUCCGGCGCAUUGUCACUGCUCGUCGAUUUCAAUACUCUAUUCCAUGGACGACGUCAGGGCAACUUCUGCUUGGGUCGCCAGCCACUCCUCUCACGUACUCGUUGACUCUGCAGGCAUUGAAAAGGUGGUGGAUGGUAUUGCAUCCAUUCCGAAGGUUGAGUGGGAUUUCGAAGGGAUUCACUAUUUUGAUAAUGGACCACUCACCGUUCAAUACUUGUUUGUCUUGGACGCUUUAAAUUUUUGCUUCUGGCCCGAUAAGGAGUUGAGUUACGAUCAUUUGGCAUCUGGGCUAAAGUCUGCUCUCGAAAAUGAUAAAUCUGCAUUUGAUGCUGACCGUCUGCAGAAGUACUCCGGUCCACAACUACGUCAACUUUUGAGGUGGCCAAGACCCCUUCCAUUGGAAGAUGAACGUGUUCGAUUAUUGCAUGAGGUUGGGCUUGAACUAGAAAGAAGUUUUGAGGGGAAAGCAUCUAAUGUUGUGGAGGCUUGUGGAAAAUCAGCUGUAAAUCUUGUUGCUCUUGUUACUCGUCAUUUUCCUGGCUUUAGAGACCACUCUGUAUACAAAGGCCGCCAAGUGUUCCUGUAUAAGAGAGCACAGAUAUUUGCAGCAGAUUUAUGGGGCGCGUUCCAGGGAAAAGGAUACGGUGAAUUUAAAGAUAUUGGCUCAAUUACUAUAAUGGCAGAUUAUAUUGUCCCAGCUGUGCUCCGGCAGCUUGGUGUGUUAAAGUAUAGUCCAAAACUUGCCAGUACUAUUGAGAGCAGUGGAGAAAUAAAUCCUGGGACUGAAGAGGAAGUUGAACUACGGGCUUGCUCUGUACAUGCUGUGGAGAAAAUGAGGGAGCUGAUCAGUGUAAAAUCAGGAAGACAGGCAAGUGCUUCUUGGGCUGUCAUUUUCCCAUGCAUAUAGAUGGAGGUGCUCAGCGUGGAGCUGGAUCUUUGGCUCUGGGCUUCUGGCAUUCAAUGUCCGUCUCUACAGCAUCAUAGAACACUUUCAAUAUAUUACUGAGUUCAUAAGAUAACGUUGUAACUUGUUAUCUAUGAAUCAGUUGAAGAAUGGGGAAAUUUUGGCUUUGGCAUUUAGUAGUAUUUUGGGUUAGGAUGGCGAUCAGCUACCGGAUCCUUCUGCAUAGAAAAUCUUGGAAGUGGCUUUCAGAAGAAAUAUCUCAGUCAAUUUGGUUCUGUUUUGGUUAUACAUACGAAGCACUUUUCAGGUUCUGUCAAAAAUUAGUUAGCAUAACACGAUUUGCUUAUGGCAUGAACAUGUAGAGAACUAUGAGACUGAAUUAUCGAAGAGGUUCUGUAUCA